UGACCCAACUGAAGAAAUUCGCCCUCAUUAUUAUUCAUUAUUCUCACUGCACGAUUCGUUUCGCUGUCUCCCUGUCCCUUCUCUCGUGCGCAGCCUGCACUUCUUCUCUGUUUCUACUUCACCUACAUAACUUCACCAUCUCCUACUUUCUUGCUAGCUUUAACAUUAUCCCAUUGAAGAAUGGCCUUGCAAACGACAAGUCCUCCCAGUGCCCAAAUGGUUGGAAAUGCUUUUGUUGAGCAGUAUUACCAUAUUCUAUAUGAUUCUCCUGAGUCAGUGUAUAAAUUUUAUCAUGAUUCAAGUGUGCUAAGCCGACCAGAUCCCACCGGUGAAAUGACAUCAGUGACAACCCUGGAAGGUAUAAAUGAGAAGAUUCUUUCCUUGGAUUUUAAGAACUGUAAGGCUGAGAUAAAAACUGCUGAUGCUCAGAACUCCCAUAGUGGUGGAGUAUCUGUGUUAGUAACUGGAUGCUUGACGGGCAAGGACAACUUGAGAAGGAAAUUUGCUCAAUCAUUCUUUCUUGCCCCACAAGACAAUGGUUACUUUGUUCUGAAUGAUAUUUUUAGGUAUGUAGAAGAUAAUGAAGUAUUGGAAAAGUAUGCAGUCAAUAAUGUUGAUGACACCACAGCAGUCCCCUCAUUCCCGGAUUCAGAGCCCGUUCAUCAUGCUGAUCAUCCCUCAUCUGAUCCAUUAAGUUCUCAUUUGGAAGAGGAUCAAAAUGUUUCUGGAAAAAUCUAUGAACCUUCAGAAGAGAAAAAAUCGGUGAAUGAUGAGGAGUCUAUUAUGGAAUCACCGUUAGAUGCAGUUGAAGAGGACACUUCUGUCAUGGUUGAAUCGGCUUCCUUUUUAGCCCAAGACGAUGCUCCAAAGAAAUCUUAUGCAUCAAUUGUUAAAGUUGCAAAAGGUGGUUCAGGGCCAACCAAAGUUUAUGUAGCUACUAAUACAGCAAAUUUGACUCCCAAGAAAACUGAGAAUCAAUCAAUUGGAUCAGCAUCAUCUGUUUUACCGUCUGACACAUACGCUUCAGUUGAUACUGAUUUCCCUGAGACUAGUGAAGCUCAAGAGAGAGUUGAGGGUCACUCUAUUUACAUUCGAAAUUUGCCCUUAUACACGAAAAGUGCUGAGCUUGAGGCAGAGUUCAAGAGAUUUGGACCAAUCAAGCUAAGAGGUAUUCAAGUUCGAAAUAGUAAGGGAUACUGUUUCGGUUUUGUCGAAUUUCUGUCCUCAACUUCUGUGGAUAACGCAAUUCAGGCUUCACCUAUCAUUAUUGGAGGGCAAGAGGCUGACAUCGAGAGAAAGAAAACUACUCGAGUUGGCAGUAGUAGAGGUAGGUAUCCUCCUGAGAGAGAGAAGUUUUGGAAUGACAACUCCAGGGGACGCGGAAAUUAUGGUGGUGGACGAAGUUUUGGAAGAAAUCAAUAUGGGAACUUUGGGGAUUUCUCUGGUCGAAGUAAGGGUUCAUUUGGGCGAGGUGAGCGUUAUCAGCGAGGGAGAGGGAGAGGUAACCGAACAGGUGAACAAAGGCAGACAGUUUCUGCAUCAAACUCUGAACAAUAAGUUUUGGUGCCAACUUUUUGACCUAGUUAGUGCUCAGCACUUGAAAAGAAUUAGAAGAAAGUGCAGUGAUGUAGAGAUUAUGAGACAUUUCAUUAAUUUUAGGAUUUUUUUUUUUUUGCUAGGAUUGGAUUUAGAGCCCCUUUUUUCUCCCAUAGGAUGACACUGUAACCCUGAAGAAUGUGAACUCAUUCUCCAAGUUUAUUAAGUGAACUUCAGAGAAUCUGCAUGGUUGUAGUUUCUGGUAGGUGUAAUGGGAUGAGCCUAACAUCUCAGCAGGUGGGUGGUAUUAUUUUAUUGUAACUACUAUUUAUGUGGGUAUAAUUUUGAUUGAGUUACUAAAAUUUCUUAGCUGGGAUAGGGAUAUUAAAUCCCCACUUGAUCAUUUUUACA